CAUCGUUCUGCUCCUCCCGAGCUCGUCUGUCGCGGUUCGGUAUGUCUUUGAGCCUGCUCCCCCUCUCGCCAUGCCCGCUGCUGAUCGCCACCUGCCGUCUCCGCUGCUGCUCUUUCUGCGGUCUUUGCUUCUGAUUUCCUGCCUGGAUGUGGCGGUGAGAGCAGCGGAGGAGGGCGGCGGCCUGCCCUCCUCUUCGCCCGGGGACAAUGGCCUCACCGUCGCAGUGGGAGACCCGACCGGCCCGGGGCGAUCCGUCAGCCCCUCCGCCCCGAUAGCAGAGUCCCAGUUUGCCCUGAAGGUGCUGGUGAGGGACAUGGCGACCCGUCAGGUGCUGCCAGGUGCUUCAGUGGAUGUUUACAUAAACCACACCCUGACGAGCUCUGCCCGAACAGGGGAGAGAGGUGAGGUUCUGCUCUGGGUAGCGUACAGCCCAGGCCUCACUCUGACUCUGCUGGGCAACAUGGAAGGCUACGUGCCCAGCCCCCUGCCCUGGAGCACCACCAAGAGACCGAUUUUCUCUGCUGUGACGCUGCUGCUGCUCCCUCACAGUCAGGGGAACAUCUGGCUGUUUGAAGACUCGGUACUCAUUACCAGGAAGCUACCUGACAGCUCCUCUCAACCCAAGGUUAAGUUCCCAAAGAACCUCCUCACCAUGACUGAUAAGAACAACAUCUCUUCACUGACGGCAUACCUGACUGUGCCACAGCACCACCUAGCUAAAGACUGCAGCAACUGCACUCCAGGCAUCAUCAGCAGCAGCAAAUCAGUGUUAAGACGUGUCGAGCUGAAGGCGGUGGCGGCCGUCAACGUCCUGCUGUACUCCGGUGGUGAGGAGCUCCAGGUUCGAGGGCCCAUUCAAAUCAGCCUGCCCCUGGGACACAGCACGCGCCUCAGGGCUGCUGAUACUGUUCCAGCCUGGGCCUUUAACCUAAAGACAGGUGCCUGGGAGAGUCAGGGUCUGGGAAUAGUGAAGACAGUUGGUGAUGAGCUGGUUUGGACCUACACCGCCUCCCAUCUGGGCCACUGGAUUGCCGCCCCCCUUCCCUCAUCUAACGAUUACCAGGGACACGGAAGCUCUUUGGAUUUCUUAUCCUACCACACCUAUCUGUUGCUGGGAAUACUGGGAGGAACGCUGGCUAUUGUGAUUGGAUUUCUUUCUUUGGUGCUGUGUCACUGCGGAAGCUUCCAUGGACAGCCGAGGAGAAGGACAGCACGCUUUUCCAAACUCACGGUGGUGAAGAAAGACCAAACCACCUCCACCCACAUGGAAGAGGGUCUGUUGUUCCGUUCUGGCGACAACAGCCUCGCUUCCUGCAGUGUCCAGUGUGAACCCUUGUCCACGCCGAGGCACAAAGCCAACUACAACAUCUAUGUGGAGGAUCCAGGGAGUCGCCCGGCGGCUCCGUUUUAUGAGAACAUUGCUCCGGAUCGGAUGAAAGGUCCCCAGCCGCCAUCCCACUACAUCAACAGUGAAGAGGUGGCUCGGCUUCGGGAGAAGUCAGAGCAGAACCGGGUCAACGUGAACUCUGACAACUUCUUCCAAGAUAAGCUGGUGCAUAUCUACAACCAGCCAGUGGCUAUCAUUCAGGCGCCAGAGCUUUUCAGCGUUCAGGAGCCGCAACUGUCAGGUUGCAAGUCUGCUACCUUCCCCCGCAAUGGAGUUGAGUAUGAUGCUCACUCAGAGCCUGCAAGUAAAGACAGCUACACCCAGACACUACCCAAAGUCCCUCACCACCACUCCCAAGGUGGAAGCAGCCCACAGCAGAGCAGCCAAGACGAGCCCCAGCCUCUGGAGACUCCCCCCCAAGGCCAAGGUCCUAACGCCGCUGUGUGGGGACGCUACAGUAACCUCCUCGAAUCCUCCGUCUCUGUGCCUGGGACUCUUAAUGAGGCAGCUGGUAUGGAGGCCUUCAGCAGUGGGCAUGGCGUACCCAGCGAGCUGCAAGGGAUUUCAGAGCGCACCUUGCUCGAGCUGACCCGGGGAAAGCCCUUGUCGUCUCACCCCAGGGCCUGGUUUGUCUCCUUAGACGGGAAGCCGGCCGCACAAGUUCGCCACUCCAUCAUUGAGCUCCAGAGUCGCCACCGCCCACCGAGCAGCAACGACACCAGCCUGGACUCGGGGGUGGACAUGAACGAGCCUCUGCAGAAUAUCCGCGAGACAGAGCGCGACAGGCCUUCAAUCAGGGCCUCUUCCCUGCCGCACCACAGCCGAGGGGGGCGUUACGGUGAAGAGCAGGACCUGAGCAGUAGUGAGAGUGGCACAACGGCCACCUGUACGCCAGAGGACCCUUCCCUGAGGAACAUUUUAGACGGGAGCAGUGGAGCUAUUCCCAACAUUCCCGAAGAGCGGGACGGGAUGGAUACUUCCAGCGCUCAGGAGGACAGUGAGUCGAGAGGUACGCCGCCUCCACGACGCCUGAGGAAGGUGAGGGAGAAGGGGAAGACAGAAAAAAGGAGUGCCAAGCAUGUCCGUGAGGGGAGACCUCUGACCAAGCGAAGUUAGAGCAUGGCCCAUUGCAAACAUGGAGACGAGCAUUUUUUCGUUCAUGCUUAAUUUAAAUGUCCCAUUUUCCAUCUAACCCAUUGCGAGCUAUUUUCAUCACAAGAUCCGAACUAGUUUUUAAACACUCGU